CCGAAUAAAAGCAGGAUGCGGGAGAGCGUAGAGCAUCAUUCGAACUUCAGAGUUCAAACUUGUCUGAACGUCGUAGCCGAAGAAGAAAGAAAACUACCCUCCAGCAUGUACAAGUACGUGGCCCUUUUCGUCCUCAUUGGUUGCGCCGCAGCCGCACCAAAGCCGGGAUACCUCGCGGCGCCGGUGGUCGCAGCCGCGCCCGCGGUUGCAGUCGCUCAUAGCGUACCAGUCGCCACGAGCUACGCCAACACCUACAAAGUCUCUUACAAGAGCCCUCUCGUCGCGGCGGCUCCGGUCGUCGCAGCAGCUCCUGCCAUCGCAUACGCACCUGCGAUCGCCCACCAACCCGCCGCUGUCAUCGCUCACGGUUACGCCGCUUCUCCGCUCGCCUAUGCCGCACACGCACCCCUCGUCGCUGUCCACUAAGAAGGAAUCUCCGUUUUCUAUUCUUCGGGAAGGAAACUAAAAUCACACUGUUUGGCUUUAACGGAUCUUCGAGCCCGGGGCAAAACGAUCAACUCCGAGCCGCCCUGUCACUCUGGAAUCUAUUGGUUUGGAUCUCCGAUGUAUUUACAACGGAGAACAUCGACGCGGGAGUCGCAUUUACGAUGAGAACGUGGCCCGAAAAUUGUCAAUUUUUUUCGAUGAUUAAUAAAAAAAUCUCACCUCAA